AUGAAUAGAACGAUACCACCUUUUAAAGAGAACGCAAUGACGAAAUUUCUAGACGAAUUAAACACAAUAUUCUUUCUAAUCGGAUUAACGGACCUCUGGAUAUCAGAAGUCAAAUUUUCCAAAAGAUUCAUUAAAUUUUACAAAAAGAUUAACUACGUGAUGGAUUUUUUGUGUUUAUUCUUCGUUGUUUUCUUGCUCGGGUCUUAUUUUACUCAAAAGGAUUUGACGGAAAAGUUGGCGAAUGAUCGGUUGAUGUUCAGCAUCAUACUGCCGGGCAACCUGGUCUUCUAUUACAUCUCCGUAUAUUACAAAGAGGAGAUCAGGAACCUCCUGUAUCACCUGACAGUGGUGUUGAAGGAACAGCAUAAUGAUACGAGGUUGGAACGGGAGAUGAUCAGGAAGAUUAGAGUGUUCUCUAUAACGUUGAACAGUAUCGCCUUCAUUGUGGAUACGUCUUAUGGGUUUGGAGCUCUUUAUGAGGUUGUUGCUAAAGGAGAAAAUUUCAACACCAUCGUCCCAGCGUGGCCCGAUGUCCACGACAACUCCUCGUUAGCUGGUGCCAUGAGAGUGUUCUUCUACUUUUGCUGGCUGAACCCCAUCGCCACCAGGGUCCUCACCACCUUCUCAUUACUCCUCACUGAAAUGGUGGCUGUAUGCUACCAGUUCAGGAACUUACAGAGCUAUUUCUAUAGUCUUGAUGAUAUAUUCAGUGAUGAUUCAUUGAGUCAGCAGGAGAAGGAAAUUAAAUAUGAGGAAGGAUUUAAAAUUGGUAUAAAGAUGCAUAAUAUGACGUUGUGGUGUAAGAAGCUGCACCAGCACGUCAAUAAAGAAAUCUUGGCCAUCGAAAUGGUUUUGUUCUUUGCGAUGCUGAUGUCAGAACUGGCUACCUUACUCGGCGGAGAGCGUAACGCAUCACAACUCUGUAUGAUGUUUUUAAUUUCGGUAUCGACAUGUAUAAGCUUGGGAUUUUUCAUGUGGAAUGGUGGUGAUAUCACAAUAGAGGCAUCGAAGAUAUCAGAAGCGAUGUAUAGUUCGGGUUGGCAGCAUUGCCAGGGGAAUUCGUCUGUCCGAAUGAGGAAGCUCGUCACCUUUGCGAUAAAACAGGCUCAGGAUCCAGUGGUGUAUAAAACUUUAGGAGUCGUGGAUCUUUCUCACACUUCAUACGUAACGCUCGUAAAGAUGCCGUACAGCGCUGUGUCGGUGUUAUAUUGA